AAAAAAGGAAAAAAAUUGCAAUCGUCGGAAAAUUCCAAAGCAAGUAUAACAGCGAACAGCGUUUUUCUCGCGCUGCAUCAUCGAGCAUUUCCAAGCUUUCGUUUAUCAAUUUCUCAGCGAGCUACGUAACGCUCCCCCGCAUAGAAGAAAGAAGCAGCCCCUCGCAGCAAAGUGAAAAAUAACCAGCCAUAAAUCGCCCUGCUGUCCUACAUUUCUCGUCAAUUACAUAAGCCGUGUGCGUGUACGAGAGAAGAAGAAGAAGAAAAGCGCGACGAAGCGCACAAGAGAGAUGGAGAAAAGGGAAAGAAACCGGCCCCUUCCGACAGGCGCCUCCGCACUCGAGGAAAUAGUAUAGACACCGUAUCGGCUACACUAUAAGUACUCGCCGCAAAGAGAGAGAGAGAGAGAGAGAGAGAGAGAGAGAGUAGCGCCAGCUGCGCGAGUGUACAGACACACACACAGAGGGUCGUCAUAGCGACGCUUCGGACGCAAACACAGGGCGCAAGCGAGAAGUCAUCGGCGGCGGUUGUGUGCGAGAGCUGCUGCAACAGCAGGAGACGUAGGCGACGAUGUCCGCCGAGGGCGAGUUCUUCCUCAGCGUCAGCGGUUCCCUCGAGUCGGCGGACUUUUACGAGGUCAGCAACGCCUACUGCAAGUACGCCUACCAAUUCGGACCGGAAUGGAGCGUCCUCGCGGGUAUCGAGGAAGGUUUGACGCAGAUGAGCAAGUGCAGCAACGACGCCCGGCGCCUGGCUGUUUGGAAUUUCCCGCUCGACGCCGCCUUCAGGAGUACGAGUCCUCACGGAUGGCCGCAGUUGCUGCUUUCAAUUUACGGAUUGGACACGUUCGGGCACGACGUGAUCAGGGGCUACGGCGCCUGUCGCCUGCCGUUAAUUACCGGCAGGCACGAGAAACGGAUUGCCGUCUACGUGCCGGAGUCCGCCUCGCUGAUGCAACAGUUUGCAGCCUGGCUGACGGGGCGCAGACCCGAGCUCAUCGACAUCGGAAUACUCGCCACCGGCGAGGGACGGGAACUGACGCGAAUGAAGGUUCAAGGGUUCGUCAACGCGACGUUCAACGUCGUGCUGAAGGAUUUUUUUCAACUAGGAUAUGACAAUGGAGAGCGUUGGAAGUAGUGUAAAUUUUGUUUAAUCGUAUCAUCAGUAAUAAUCUGAUAACGCGCUCUGUACAUAAUACGACAAUAUUCUAUUCAUAAUUAAUAACCUUGACGAUGCCAACGAGAGGUUUCGUCAGCAGUGUAACGAUUUACAGCUUAAUAAAUAAUACUAAAGACGUC